AUGGACACAAAAGAGCUUUUUCCACACGAGAAAUCUGGGACAGACACCUUUGGAGAAGCAUAUGCUUCGCCAGAAGAAAUGUGGCGGAGAGAGCUGCACUCAAAAUUCAUAAGAGAUAAAGAAACUUGGUACCAUUUAGGAAACAGCUACUGGUCUUCUCAAGAGUCAUCUUUAAAUGGAGUUUUAGGUGGCUAUGAAAUAAUUAAUCAGCCAGAUAUCAAUACCUCUAGAGAAUUUGUGGCAUUUUUGAAAACAAGCCACGCUAUGGCUGGGAGAAGAGCUCUUGAUUGUGGCUGUGGAAUUGGAAGAGUUACAAAAUUUCUUUUAUUAAAUGAAUUUGAAACAGUAGACUUAGUUGACCAAUGCCAAAAAUAUGUAGACCAUGCAAGAACUUUUGUGGAUGACUCAAGAGCUGUUAAUUUUUAUGUACAAGGACUACAAAAUUUCAACCCAGAGCCACGAGCUUAUGAUUGUAUAUGAAUUCAAUGGGUACUUGCACAGCUAACAGAUGAAGAUUUGGUCAGUUUUUUGAGAAGAAUUCAAAAUGGGCUGAGAGAAGGAGGGAUCAUUUGCAUUAAAGAAAAUAUAAAGAAGAAUGGCUUUAUGGUGCAUAAGGAAGAUUUCAGUGUGACAAGAUCAGAUAAAAUAUACAAAAUUGCAUUCAGAAAUGCAGGACUUAGGAUUAUCCAUGAGCAGCUGCAGCCAAAUUUUCCAGAAGAUCUUUAUAAGGUAAAAAUGUAUGCCUGCGUUCCUAUUUAA